AUGGCAUCAACCACAGAAACCAAGCCAACCGAACCCGAACAGCUCAACGCCAACGAGCAGAAGCCCGAGCAGAAGCACCUGGCCCUCGGCGAAGACGACGAAUUCGAAGACUUUCCCAUCGACGACUGGCCCGCCGACCAAACCGAGGCCGCCCAGCGCAACGGCGAGACCAAGCAUCUGUGGGAGGAGAGCUGGGACGACGACGACACGAGCGACGACUUUUCGAAUCAGCUCAAGUGGGUGGUUGGCUCUCUCCUUGUUUCUACUAUUCUCCUCACCGCGCUGUCGCUCGACUUUCGCCCCCGUCGCCGCUUUCGUUGA